UUUUUCCCACUUCUUAAAUCUCAUCCACCCUCCCCCUCCUCCUCCCCCCGUCCACACGCAGACCAGAGAGAGACGCACACGGCCACGGGAAGCUUCUAGAUUCCGUCGAAUUCCGCAGCCGCCGAACCCUAAUUCCUUCGCCCGGCCGCCCCGAUCCGCCCCGCGGCCUCCCGGCUCGCGGCGCCAAUGGCCGACAGGGAGGAGGAGAAGGCGGAGGCCGUGCGGGAGGCAGAGGAGGAGCAGGAGCAGCAGGAGGAGGAGUACGAGAGCGACCUCGACGACGCUCCCCUCCCGGCCGUGAGGCGCCGGGCUGCGGCGAGCGACGAGGAAGAGGAGGACGAGGAGGAGGAGGACGCGGGGCUGCCCGCGCCGCGGAGGGGGGCCGGAUCCGGCGCGGAGUCCGACGGGCAGGGCGCCGCCGAGGAGUACGGCGAGGAGUACGAGGAGGAGUAUGAGGAGUACGAGGAGGUGUACGAGGAUUUCGAGCAGGGGCGUGGCGGGGCGGCCGCCCAGGCGGUUGCCGCGCCGAGAGCGGCGGCGGAGGGGGCUGAGGAGGGAGGUGAAGCGGCGACAGCGGCGGCGGCGGCGGGAGAGGAGGGGGAGGAGGGCAAGAAGGAGAGCGAGCCCUUUGCCGUGCCGACGGCGGGCGCCUUCUACAUGCACGACGACCGCUUCCAGGAGUCCCGCGGCGGCCGCGGCCGCGGAAGGAGAACACUGACUAAUAGGAACUUGUGGAAUCCUAAAGAGGAGGAAGCUUGGGUCCACGACAGAUUUGAUGAGAUGCAUCCACGUGGUUAUCAUAAUGGCAAUAUGAGAAAUCCAAGGGGCCGCUCUGGAGAGCGUGUUGGUGGACCUGGCGGUAUGUCUCGUGGUGUUGGCCGUGGUAAUUUCAGAGGCAACAGGUCUCGAGCGCAUAAUCAUGAUGGUAACCAGAACUACAGCUAUGUUCCAAAGGGAUCUCUAGUUUCCCUUGAUAAUACAAAAAAUGCUGGACCAGUCCUGCGCGAGCACAGGAAGAACAGAGCUCCUAAAUCGUCUCAUGCUCGCAAUGAUGAUGUUGAUAACUUUGAUGUGGUUCCAAAAGAAUCUCACACUUACAAUGACGGUUCCAGAAGUCGUAAGGCCACACCAAGUGUAAUUCGUGGCAGAGGCUCUAGACGUUACCAACCACGUCGCAGUACCACUGAGAUAUCGUCAGAGCAAAAUGAUAAAUCACAGAAACCUGAAAAUGCUUUGUCAAAUGCAAAUUUGGGGAAACACCAACCUCAGAAUUCAAAUUCUCGGCCUGAGCAAGGUUUUCCUAAUAAGCAAUCCUUUGCAUCAAACUUGAAUUCAGCCUCGCCGCCAUUUUACCCUUCAAGGCCGUCCCACCAGGAACAACUGAUUGGUCAAAGGGGGAAUGCACAACCUAGUACCACCAGUAGACCCUUCUCACCCCCCAUUGGUAUGGAACAUGUUUCUCCAACCCCACAAAAUGCCCCCCUGUUGAGAGGGAAGGCUUUCGUACCGAAGGGCACAAAUAUACAGUCAUCUCCAUCAUCAAGUACCCAAUCCACACUAAGGAUGCCAACCCAGAUGUUGGGUGCACAAUUUGGUAGUAGUGGUCGAAUGCCAUCUUUCACACAACCUAAGUCUACAGUUUUGACUGAAGACACUGGUGUUUCUUCACCUAAUGGAUCAAACGAAGCUGUUACUCGAUUGACGGUGAAGGGGCAACCUGGUGACCAGGGAGAAGAGCGUGCUUCUUUUCCCUAUGGUGGAGGUCAGGUUCUCGGAGCUACAGGAGGCCUUUCACUUGGUGACAAAGGUUUCCAUGGCACCCCAGCACUCUUUCCAGUUAUGCAGUUUGGAGGCCAGCAUCCAGGUGUGCCUGGUGUUCCUUCAAUCGGUAUGGCUUUACCAGGAUUUGUGUCUCAGCAACAACAUGGCGUCAGCAAUUCUGAGAUGGCUUGGCUGCCAAUAUUGUCCGGUUCCGCUGGAGGUUUGGGAGCAACUUAUGGCUCACCUUAUUUUGCCAUGGAUGGCAGCUAUUAUUCCCGACCUUCUGAGCAGGCAUCUUCUUCAGUUAAUCCUAGAGAACCUAGUGCAAGUAAUGUGCCUUCUCAGUUGAAGCCCCCACAAAUAACAGAAGUUGUAAAUGAUGAGCCUAGUCAACGCCAAAAUAAACCUCGCCGAUACUCGCAGAUGAACCUUGGCCAGUGACCAUAGGAUGAGGUCAACAAGCACUUCAUGAGCUUUGGGUCUUUGCAAGAUUUGGGCAAGACUUGUUAUCUCAACAAGGUCUUACUGAGUAGCUGAAGCACUUCAGUGUCUGCUCUGUGCACUUUGGGUUAUUUAGUAUCCAAAAGAUGAGGUUGACUGUUGAAGCUGUCCAUAUCACUAUAAUCACUCGCAGUGAUUAUUCUGAUGGGUCGCUGCCAGCGGUUCUGUUGCUCUAUCACGUAAGACUGCCGAUGGCGCCGGGAGGUGAGAUUCUUGGGGUCGUGUUUGGUUGGGGAACGAAGUGUAAUAGAAUGGUCAUGGUUCCACGCCGCUGGAACAGGUUGGUUCCGUUCGUGUGCUUUGUCAGUGUUUGGUUUGAGAGAUGGAUUUGGUUGAGCUCACCUCUUUGUGUAGAAAUGGUGAGAUUACCUCCUAUGCAUGUGUACACUAUAUGAACAAAUUAUUACUCUGUAUUUUAGCAACAUCUUAUUCGAAUUCGUGGCAACAUUUCAAUUGUA